CUUCGCGCAAACGCACCAACAAAUUGUCUAACGCUGAGGCCCCCGUCACACAAUUCGGACGUACUGCGCGCUUGACUCCAACUGUUUAUGAGGUGAGGUGCACGCUGCUCACAUCACGUAGAAGAAUCUACUCAGUUCUUAUGCUUGUGAGGACGGUAUUGUACGACAAUGAAACUGCUCCGUCGCUGCUCACAUAACAUGGGUUAUUGUGGUUCGUUAAGAUCUGGAGUAUUCAUUAUCAGUGUUCUCAGCGUUGCCACAAUAAUGCUGAAUAAAGUCACUGUGGAUAUGUAUUCCGGGAACACUCCAUACACAGCGCCGUCAAGAAUCGGGGAGCGUAAAGUUCAUAUCAUAGGAUCAGAUCGUGUACAAUCUGGCAUCCAGAAAUCAACUCCAAACAACCGGAAGCAGAAAUCAACUCCAAACAACCGGAAGUCCAAAGUGAUCCCCAGAGGUGGAACUCGUUGCCCCAGUGUUUUGGACAAUAUGUCAAAAGGACACUGGAAGCAAAGGGUCAUGACAAAGCAAGAAGUGUUCACACAAGAAAAGUUCCUGAAUCAUUCUCGGAAACAAAUAAGUAUAAUUAGUCCUAUAUCAAGACCAGAUGGGCUGUGUGGAAAUUUCACUCUUCCCUAUAACCGCCAAGCGAGAGCUCUCUGUUACCCAACCAGCAAAACACCCUGUUGUUUUAAUAAUAGAUGCGUCGCGCUACCAGAGGAAAAGUGUCGCUGCAAAAACUGCUACGACGUCAGACAACGUGUACACGCGGAGUAUGCUACGUGGAUACCGGCGGACAAGAGGUGCUCGUUUCAUGUUUUCACGGGAAAGGAAGCCUGUCAACUUUUGGCUAAUUCGACACUGUUUCUGUUUGGAGAUUCUCAUUUUCGUCAUUUUUAUACUGCGAUGCUUAUGUUAUUGCGUAACGAUCCGAUCGGCGGUGGACUUAAAGAUAAAGAUAGACAUAGCAACGUGACUCUAAAGAAAUGUCCGGGUCCCUACCAGUUCGGAUCUAAGGAAUGCAGACCAACCCUUGAACUGAAGGCAAAACCUUUGUGCAAUGGCAGUUUCAACCUGAAGUAUAUCAGUCACACGAAGGCUUCGCAGGGUCCGGAUCUAUAUAACAAAAUCAAAGCACCUGGUCGUAGAAAGAAAACGCUUGCUAUGAUUUCACUUGCAGCACGCGAAGGCAACAAUGUAACUAAGUUUAUGGAAUAUCUAAAGCCGGCCUUAAAUUUUGUCAAAAAUACUUCCUUCAAAUAUCCGAAGUUAAUGUGGGCAAACGGCCACGCACCUGGACUUCUCAAAUCGCCAGUAUAUGAACGUCAGGGGCUUCAGUAUAUGAAAAAAGCAAACGAUAAUAUGCAUAAACUGUUGAGGCCUCUUGGUAUUCCUGUGUUUGAUACAUUCAAUAUGACGAGUACCACCAUCAGUUUUGAUGGCACCCAUUAUGGCUACGGUGCAACGACAGCCAAAGUUCAGUUGCUGCUGAACUACCUGAAGGAGCUGCAGGGCAAACAUCAGUGGUGAAUGGUGAUUGGGGAUGAACUACCUGAAGGAGCUGCAGGGCAAAUAUCAGUGGUGAAUGGUGAUUGGGGAUGAACUACCGGAAGGAGCUGCAGGGCAAAC